GCGCGCGGAGGAGGUUCGUGAGAGCGCAGUGAGGCGGCUCACGCUGCCGGCGCUGUGGCUGGGCGGGCGGUGUUGGGACUCGGGGGAGCCACAGGUGAAUUCUGCGUGUCUGCAGCUGGUUGGAGAUGCCCGGCCGGGGCGUGCACCCGGAGGACAGCGCUGUGCCGGUCCCCGCCGGCGGCCCGACCCCGCACAAGGAGGAUCUUUGCAACAAGAUUAAAGAACAAAAAGUUGUUGUGGAUGAACUUUCUAACCUGAAGAAAAACAGGAGAGUAUAUAGGCAACAGCAGAACAGCAAUAUAUUCUUCCUGGCAGAUCGCACAGAGAUGCUUUCUGAAAGCAAGAAUAUAUUGGAUGAAUUGAAAAAAGAAUACCAAGAAAUAGAAAAUUCCGAGAAGACCAGUAUCAAGAAAUAGCCAACCUGAUUUCACAUCA